CGCCGCCACCGCCUCCUCUUUUUUUCCUUCCUCUGAACGGGACUGAACUGGGGAACUGGCCGUCACCGCCUCCGCCAGCCCCCCGUCUCCAACCUCCUCCGCCCGGACCUCCACGUCUUCGCUAGUCUUAUCGGUCUCCCGACCCGGCCCGACCUCUCCGCCCCGCUCCCCCGCCGGCUCCCCCUGCAACGCGAGGUCUAUGAAACCGGCGGGGCCCGGAGCAGCCGCCGCAGCGCGAACAUGGACGCCGUCAACGCCUUCAACCAGGAGCUCUUUUCACUCAUGGAUAUGAAGCCUCCCAUUUCUCGGGCUAAGAUGAUUCUCAUUACUAAAGCUGCCAUUAAAGCCAUUAAGCUUUACAAGCAUGUAGUCCAGAUUGUAGAAAAGUUCAUCAAAAAGUGUAAACCAGAAUAUAAAGUUCCAGGACUAUAUGUAAUUGAUUCAAUUGUGCGGCAGUCUCGUCAUCAGUUUGGAACAGACAAGGAUGUUUUUGGGCCAAGAUUCUCUAAAAAUAUAACAGCUACAUUCCAGUAUUUAUAUCUCUGUCCAUCUGAAGAUAAGAGUAAAAUAGUUCGUGUUCUGAACCUUUGGCAAAAAAAUGGAGUGUUCAAAAUUGAAAUUAUUCAGCCUCUUUUGGACAUGGCAGCAGGAGCUACUAGUGCUGCCUCUGUGCCAGAAAAUGUUACUAAUAAUGAAGGUUCACCUCCACCCCCAAUAAAAGUUUCUACUGAACCUCCACAAGUCACUACAAAUUCAGUACCAACUAUGCCACAGUUGCCAAGCUCAGAUGCCUUUGCAGCAGUGGCCCAGUUAUUUCAGACAACCCAAGGACAACAGCUUCAGCAAAUUCUUCAAACUUUCCAACAACCUUCAAAACCCCAGUCUCCAGCCAUUGAUAAUUCUGUGAUGGCUCAGGUUCAAGCUAUAACAGCUCAGUUGAAGACUACAACGACACAACCACCUGAACAAAAAGCUUCCUUUCCCCAACCUGAGCAAAAAACUACAUUUGAUAAGUUAUUAGAUAGAUUUGAUUAUGAUGAUGAGCCAGAAGCUGCUGAAGAAUCAAAGAAAGAAGAUUCUUCUGUUUCUCCUUCUCUUCCUCAGCCUCCAUUUGGAUUUCCAGGAGAUGGCAUGCAGCAGCCAGCAUAUUCACAGCUUCCAAAUAUAGAUCCCUAUCAGCAGAGAAUGUUGGGAGUACAACAGGAUCCAAUACAUCACCAGGUCCCUCUUCCUCCUAAUGGACAAAUGCCAGGGUUUGGACUACUUCCUACGCCCCCAUUUCCUCCUAUGGCUCAGCCUGUGAUUCCUCCAGCACCACCAGUACAACAACCUUACCAAACUUCGUUCCAGACACAAAAUGAACCACAUAUGCAGAAAGUACAUCAACAGGAAAUGGAAGUGGAGCAGCCUUGUGUUCAAGAAACUAAGCGGCAUGUCUCUGAAAACAGAAAGUCAAGAUCUAGGUCAGCAUCAAGGUCACCAAAAAGAAGGAGAUCAAGGUCUGGUUCUAGGUCUCGAAGGUCCCGUCAUAGACGUUCUCGUUCACGGUCCCGAGAAAGGCGCCGGCAUUCUCCUAGAUCCCGUUCCCAAGAGAGACGAGAACGAGAGAGAGAAAGAGAGCGCAGGCAAAAGGGGCUUCCUCAGAUUAAGCCAGAAACUGCUAGUGUUUGUAGUACUACACUCUGGGUGGGACAGCUAGACAAAAGAACUACUCAGCAGGAUGUUGCCAGUCUGUUAGAAGAGUUUGGCCCAAUUGAAUCAAUUAAUAUGAUACCUCCUAGGGGGUGUGCCUAUAUUGUAAUGGUCCAUAGACAAGAUGCUUACCGUGCCCUUCAAAAACUGAGCCGUGGUAACUACAAAGUCAACCAGAAAUCUAUAAAGAUUGCCUGGGCCUUAAAUAAAGGAAUAAAAGCAGAUUAUAAACAAUAUUGGGAUGUGGAACUAGGUGUUACUUAUAUACCAUGGGACAAAGUCAAACCUGAAGACCUCGAAAGUUUUUGUGAAGGAGGAAUGCUGGACAGUGAAACACUUAAUCCUGAUUGGAAAGGAAUUCCUAAGAAAUCUGACAAUGAAGUUGCUCAAAAUGGAGGUGCAGAAACCUCGCAUGCUGAACCAGUAUCGCCAAUACCUAAAAAUUUACCUGUUCCUGUUCCUCCCAUUCCUGUUCCUGCACCAAUAACAGUACCGCCUCCACAGGUCCCACCACAUCAACCAGGUCCUCCAGUAGUUGGUACACUCCAGCCACCUACUUUCACACCACCUUUAGGAAUUCCCCCACCUGGUUUUGGUCAUGGAGUUCCUCCCCCUCCUCCACCACCAUUUUUACGCCCAGGAUUCAACCCAAUGCAUUUACCACCAGGUUUUCUUCCUCCUGGACCCCCACCUCCCAUAACACCACCAGUGUCUAUUCCUCCUCCCCAUACACCACCAAUAACCAUCCCAAAUUCUACUAUCGCUGGUAUAAAUGAAGACACUACAAAAGACUUAUCUAUUGGAAAUCCCAUUCCAACAGUGGUUUCUGGGGCUAGAGGAAAUGCCGAAUCUGGUGACAGUGUGAAAAUGUAUGGAUCUGCUGUUCCACCUGCUGCACCUCCAGUUACCCAACCUGUUUCACUUCUUGGCACUCAGGGAGUUGCACCUGGUCCCGUUAUUGGGUUACAAGCACCAUCUACUGGUCUUCUGGGUGCUCGGCCUGGCUUAAUACCCCUGCAACGCCCUCCAGGAAUGCCUCCACCUCAUUUGCAACGAUUUCCUUUGAUGCCACCUCGUCCUAUGCCACCUCAUAUGAUGCACAGAGGACCACCUCCAGGCCCAGGAGGCUUUGGCAUGCCACCCCCUCAUGGAAUGAAAGGCCCCUUUCCACCCCAUGGCCCUUUUGUUAGGCCUGGUGGGAUGCCAGGACUUGGAGGACCAGGACCAGGCCCUGGUGGAGCUGAAGACCGAGAUGGAAGGCAACAGCAACCCCAACAGCAACCACAACAACAGCAACAAUUUAGAAAUGAAAAUAGGCAGCAGUUCAAUUCAGGUAGAGACCAAGAAAGAUUUGGGAGGAGGUCUUUUGGAAAUCGGGUAGAAAAUGAUCGGGAACGCUAUGGUAACCGUAUUGAUGACAGAGAUAAUAGUAAUCGUGAAAGGAGAGAGUGGGGAAGAAGAACCCCUGAACGAGACAGGCACAGAGACUUGGAAGAGAGGAGACGAUCCAGUGGACAUCGAGACAGGGAUUCUAGAGAGAGAGAUUCUCGUAGAGAUAAGGAAGAAAAUCGAGGGAAGGAAAAACCUGAGGUGACAGAUAGGUCAGGUGGUGAUAAAACCAUUGAACCUUCUAGUGGCCAAGUGGGAAAUGCAGACACUAUUUCAGAACUUGAUAAAGGGGAGUCAACAAUUAUAAAUCCUACUGAAGAGUUAACAUCAGAGGCUACUUCAUCUGUUGAUGAACCUGAAAAGGAUUCUGCCUCGGGAGUAGAGGCUUCUCGCUAGAGACUGGAAUUUGUCAAAAUAUGACAGUGACAUUGAAGCAUAGAGCUUGAGGUGUACAGACAGAUGCUGUAUUAUAUUUGCUUCUGCUAUAUCACAGCCCCUCAGUAGUUGGUGGGGAAUUAUAAGCAAUUUGAUUGCUUCCCUUCUAUUUAAAAUAGCCACAAAAUGACAAAAAUAUGAAUAAAAUAUUACCCUUUUGCUGUAACUUUUUAAAAGUUUUGACUUUAAAAAGUUUACAAAUCGUAAUUAGAAGUGCUUUCUAUUUUUUUUUUAAUUUAAGAAAAGGUAACAGUGAAAGCUCCUCAAACAAUAGGGAUGUUUUUAAUAAACUCUAUUUUCGUAACAAACUUUAAUGUGUGCUAUUCUUCCUACACUGCACUGAAGCGGAAAAAUGUUCAGCAUCUUAAAGUUUGAGCUGUUAAUGCUGUACUGAAGUCUAAAUUAGACAGUUUAAAUUGUUUAUAUUUGUUGGAAAAAAAUACAUCUUUGUGUAGUUGAAUUCACAGGAGCAGGUUUUUAUUUGUAAUAGUUGAUUUUUAAAUGCAUUUUAAUCUACUUUAACCAUAUAAGGUAAAAAAGUUAGUGGUUUUAAAAUGUUAUUUGAAGAGCUAAUUGUUAGUGUUUGUGAUUCAAUCAAGGUUUUAUUUUUCUCAUUGGUUCUGUGGUGUUGCCCUAAUUAAUUUGUAGAAAGACAAAUUUCUUUACUGACACAAUUGGACCCUUAGGGGAAAAAAAUUGAUAUAUUCAAAUUAUCAGAUAACAUACCCAUUUGGGAGUUAUGGUAUUUUGGGUUUGUUUUUUUUUUUUCCCAGGUGGUUGAGGGUGGAGUUUUGGAAAAGAAAUCAAGACUGAAAACUCCAGCUUAAAAUAUAUUUUUAUCUUUAGUACUGAGGAUUUUAAGAUGCUACCUGUUUUGCAUAACUCAAAGCUUUCAUUUGUUCACUUAUUUUGUGCACUUCCUUACUGGGCAGUGGUAGUCUUGCUGCAUUUCUGUAAUACAAAUUAAUGGAGUUAAAUUAUCAGGAGAUGAAAAAAUAUCCAAAGCCAAACGUAAAUCUAAGAUUAGGGGAUGAGGAUAUAAAAGUGUUCAUCCAGUGCCCUAGGAGGAAAGUAUUCAUUAUUGCACAAAACAGUCCAAACACUGUGCUCCAUCAAAAUUGUAUUACUCUUGUGCAUUUAAAAAGGAAAAAAAAAAUUGUCUUGGCUUUCAUGUAAUACCAUUAAUUUCUCUUCUCCCCACCUUUCCCCUAAAUGAAGAGGCAGCUGCUUUGUUACUUGAGUAAUUUUUUUAAUACUGCUUUUUGCAGCAGGGCAUUUGAAAGGGGUGGGGGGGUGGGGGAG